AUGGAAUUGGCAAAAGCAGCAAAGCACUCAGUACACACUCUCAACCAGCUCUAAAGACUAGAGUAGAAAUGGCUUCAGCUGCACAAACUCUACAUUUAACAGGCUAGUUCGCAUACCUAAUAGCAAUGGUGGAAUAAAUUCACUUAGCUUUACCAUGAGCCCUAGAGAUUUUAUCAUAAUCUGUACCAUUUGAACAAGCUUUAUGAUUUCUAUGAGUUAAACAUAUUAUAAAGCAAUCCUGAGUUGCUUAAAUCAGACUCAGAUCACUCAACAUUUCUGCUGUCUCUCUGGUUCCAUGACGCAAUCUAUGAUCCCAAGCAAAAAGACAAUGAAGAGUAAAGUGCUGCACUAUUCAAUUAAUAUGUGAACGAGAUCAAUUUGCCAGAAGCUUAAGCUAAACUAGUUCAAAACAUCAUAAUGGCCACAGUGAAGCAUUAGAUUGAUAGUAGUUAACUCACUUCAGAUCAAGAUAUAUAUCUCUGUGGAGUGUUUCUAGAUGCAGAUCUAAGUGUGCUUGGAUGGGAGACAUCUGACUAUAAUGAGUAUGCUGAGAGGAUUUGGUAAGAGUAUAGUUUCUACGGCUGGGAACCUUAUUGUAAGGGCAGAGCUGCUGUUUUAAACAAGAUGCUUGAAAAGGAAUCGUUAUAUUUUACCAAGGAAAUAAGAGAUAGCUUAGAGGGAAAAGCAAGGUAGAAUAUAAGAGAGGAAAUUGCGAGGUUAGAAAAAGGAGAGAGACUUGACAUUCAUAUUGAGAUGUGA